CAACUUCGUUUUCACUUUUUUUUUUCUUCUGUUUUUCAUCAACUCAAAAAGCAAAGCAAAGAAAUACUACCACUAGUACAUGCUCAAGGAGAGAGAAAAAGAGGGCGAAAAAUAUCUUAAUUUUCUCUCUCCUCUCUCCUUUUUCUUAUCAUUGAUCAUCUUUACUUGCUCAAUUCAGGAUUUCAGGUAAGAUAAAGAUCAGGCGCAGUAAAAAUGGCGCAGAGUAAUUGGGAAGCUGAUAAGAUGCUGGAUGUUUACAUCCAUGAUUAUUUGUUGAAAAGAAAAUUGCUUAAUUCUGCCAAAGCAUUUAUGGCGGAAGGGAAGGUGGCUACCGAUCCAGUUGCUAUUGAUGCUCCUGGCGGGUUUCUUUUCGAAUGGUGGUCUGUCUUCUGGGACAUCUUUAUUGCUAGAACAAACGAAAAACAUUCUGAAGCUGCGGCAGCUUAUAUUGAGACACAACAAAUGAAGACUAGAGAACAACAACAGCAGCAGCAGCAACAGCACUUGCAAAUGCAACAGUUGCAACUCAUGCAGCAGCGAAAUGCUCAGAUGCAGAGAGGUGGUCCUAACCAUCCUCCUCUUGGUGGUCCUGUGAAUGGUAUUAUGGAUAACAGGAUGGCGCUCUACAAAUCAGCAAGCAAUCAGCAAGGCCAGUUGAUCCAAGGUAAUUCUGGUAGCAUGUCUGCAGCUUUGCAGCAAAUCCAGGCACGACCACAUAUGAACUCUGAAGUCAAGAGUGAGGUUAACAUAGGUGGAGCUCAGAAAUCCUUGCCCAUGGAUCCUUCCUCAAUUUAUGGUCAAGCUAUUUUGCAAUCAAAAUCUGGACUAGGGAGUGCAGGUUUGAAUCCCAGCAUCAAUAGUCUUCCUUUGAAGGGUUGGCCUCUCACUGGCAUUGACAACUUGAGGAUGCAGACGCAGAAGCCUCUAAUACAAAAUCAAAUUCUUUUGGCGGCACAACAGCAACAAGUCCUGUCACAGGCUCAGGCACAAAACACCCUUGGAAAUUCCCCAAGUUAUGGAGAUAAUGAUCCGCGAAGAUUUGGUGGAUUACCUAAGGGUAGCUUGAACACAAAAGAAGCUCAAUCUGCAAGAAAUGAUGUCUGUUCUCCUAUGCAAGCGAGCUCACCGCAGAUGAAGAUGGGUCAGAUUCAGCAAUCUUCUUCACAGCAACAAGACCAGUUACAGCAGCAGCAACUACAACAGAAUAACAGAAAAAGGAAACAACAUUCUUCUUCUGGACCGGCAAACAGUACAGGCACGGGCAACACUGCUGGUCCUUCACCUAACUCUCCUCCAUCAACUCAUACACCUGGUGAUGGAAUUGGACCAGCAAACAGUCUGCAGCAGGUUAAUAGCAUGCCUAAAAGUUUAAUGAUGUAUGGUGCUGAAGGAACUGGUGCACUGGCUUCAUCUUCAAAUCAGCUGGAUGACAUAGAGCAGUUCGGAGAUGUUGGCUCUCUUGAUGAUAAUGUGGAGUCAUUCCUGUCACAUGAUGGAGGAGAUGGGAAGGAUCUCUAUGCAACGCUGAAACAAAGUCCUGCUGAGCCAAAAGCAGAGCCCUCCAAGGGCUUUUCAUUUGCUGAAGUGGGAUGUAUACGUACGAGGAAUAAAGUGACAAGCUGUCAUUUUUCUUCAGAUGGGAAGUAUUUGGCUAGUGCUGGGCAUGACAAGAAGGCUGUCCUCUGGAAUAUGGAUACUAUGCAAACAGAGAGUACUCCUGAGGAUCAUACACUCGUAAUUACGGACGUUCGUUUCAGGCCAAAUUCAACUCAUUUGGCAACAGCUUCAUUUGAUGGAUCUGUGCGACUAUGGGAUGCAUCCAAUCCCAGCUAUUGUUUGAAUGUCUAUCCAGGACGAGGCACCCAUGUUAUGUCUCUUGAUUUCCACCCGAAGAAGAAUGAUCUUUUCUGUUUUUGUGACAGUAACAAUGAAAUUCACUACUGGAGCAUGAGUCCAUUUUCAUGUAUCCGGAUGUCCAAGGGUGGUACUGCGCAAGUGAGAUUCCAGCCAAGAGUAGGACAGCUCCUUGCAGCUGCAUCAGACAAAAUUGUUUCCAUUUUUGAUGUUGAGUCAGACAGACCAACACACUCUUUCCAGGCACACUCUGAUGUUGUAAACUACAUUUGCUGGGACACAAAUGGAGAACUUCUGGCAUCUGUUAGCCAAGAUAGUGUAAAAGUUUGGUCUUUGACCUCAGGAGAAUGCAUUCAUGAACUCUGCGCGAAUGGAAAUCAGUAUCAUUCAUGUGUUUUUCACCCCAGUUUCUCAUCGCUCUUGGUGGUUGGUGGAACUCGGUCCUUGGAAUUGUGGAACAUGGCUGAUAACAGGAGUAUGACGGUUCCAGCACAUGAUAACAUUGUAUCAGCCUUGGCAGCAUCUGUGACUGGAAUGGUUGCUUCAGCAGGGCAUGACUGCUCCGUGAAGCUGUGGAAAUAAUUAUGGCUAAGUUAUAUCUUCCUAUCCUAACUGCUGUACCAAAUGUUCAUAGAAGACUGGGAAAUAUAUGCUGCGAGCUCCAGGAUGAGAAAGUGAUCCUUUCUUCAUCAGCAUUAGUUUCCUUGAGUAUUUAAAUAGUUGGUCCGAGUACGAGCAUUUUAUGGAGGAAUAGAAGCACAUCAGCGAGUCAGCAACUGUGUUUCUGUAAAAUUUUACUAGUAUCGCCAUUUAUAUUUAUGUUUCAACUUCACGCUGCCUUCUGUUUCUACAUCUAUAUGUCGUAGUUUGUAAUGGUUAGUUUUCCUUUUUUUUCAUUUUCUUCUUCUAGUUUACCCGACCUAGAUUUCGUGGUCGGUGGAAAUGUUCUUUGCACAACGCUGGCUAUGAACUUGUAAAGACCCGGGCCUAGUAUUAUAUUCCAUAGGACUGGGAUAAUGUUUUAUAGCCUAAGGCAUGUUAAAUAUGUCCGCACCUGAGAUGGGAAACAAGAUCAAGCUGUUUUCCUGCAAGUAUUGCUUGACAAAACUAUAUAUACUAUGAUUUUGGAAACUCGAA